CGGCCGACAGGAGACAGUUUCCAGCCUGACUCCGGUACGUGAUGGGGUCAGAAAGAAUUUUUUUAUCCCAUCAUUGAACCAAUUGUCUAUAGAAAUUAUUGUGUGAUUCAAGUUCUGCCUUCAGCUGGGGGUUGUCCAUUUCCAAAUGCAUCUCAUGAGCACAAAGAUGGAAAUGAAUGACUCUGAAGAUUUCAAGCGUAAAAGCAACGACCAAACAGAUGGUCCGGGGAUGAGCCUGGGCAACAAAAAGGGAGUUAAGGUAACUGGGAAAUGUGUGCCCCCAGCAGACCUGAGCAGCAGUGCAAGAGGUCCGUCAAUUGUUCACUCCCCCGUCAGCACCCAGACAACGUCAGAUGCUCCUGCAGUUAUCUCCAUUGUUCCUCUGCUUCAACGGUCUCCAGAGCAGGCUGGUGGUCUCAGAGCAGAUGAAAAUGCAGGUGGGGAGGACUGGAGGAGAGGAACAUCAUCUCAGACCAGGACGCCCUUCGGUGAGAUGGGUGUUCACCGCCAGACCAUAGAGGAGCUGAAGACCAUCCUGAAGGACAGCCCUCUGCUCCAUAUCCCAGAAAGAGAAGAGGGGAAACCAGGAGGUCCCUAUACAUACCUGCACGAGAGCAGCAGCAGUGGUGGAGGACCUGACGGACAAGAGGACAAUGGAAACCAUCAUAGGACUUUCAGGACCUUCAAACCUCAGUUUGAUGCUUCCAGAAGAGAGGCCAGCUCCAGAGACAGCAGUUCUAUUCAGCUGCCUCCCACCAUGGAUUCAUCGAGCUCGUUCAGGUCCACCACCAACACAAAAAGACAGCUUGGCGUCAGGACGUACGGACAUUCAAACAACGGCUCCUGGGGAGAGGCUGCAGAUUCUCACUCAGACAACAAAAACAAGACGGCCGAGUUAUCUGGGAACCUGAAGUUCAUUGCUGCCAUGGAGCAGAUCAAGCAACAGAUUGCUCGAGAAAACAUCAACUUUGUUCGCUUUGAAGCAACUGAUCUUCAUGGAGUGUCACGGUCCAAGACAGUGCCUGUCCGCUUCUUCCAUGAGAAAGCGGUCUAUGGGGUACCCAUGCCAAGAAGCUACUUGGAGCUGACCCUGAGUCCCAAGAGCACUGAAGUGGACCACACUAGCACUGCUAACUUCAGCAGUGAUGUUCUUUUGAUCCCUGACCUUCCAACCUUCAGGGUCCUACCCUGGGCUGAGCAGACAGCGCGGAUCAUCUGUGAUCCAUGCACUGUAACAGGAAGUCCUCUUCGCACUUCACCUCGACUCAUUGCCAAGCAGCUUCUCGGGCAGCUCCAAAGCUUGGGAUUCUCCCUGCACUCAUCCUUCACCUACGAAUGCUGCGUCCUGGGAGCCCCUGACCGAAUCGGACCAAAAACACUCCUGUUCCCUGCCACCACUCUUCUCAGUAACCACGACCUGCCUUUCCUCCAGCAGUUGGUGGACAGCAUGUACUGCAUGGGUGCAGACAUCGACAGCAUCGCCUCUGCAAGCGGCCCCGGCCAAAUGGAAAUCAACCUGAGGCCAGAGUUUGGAAUCGCAGCUGCUGAUAGUGCUUUUACCUUCCGCACCGGCAUCAAAGAAAUGGCUCGUAAACACAGCUACAUUGCCAGCUUUUUCACUGAUGAUGGUCUUUACAAUGCUGGGGUGCUCUCCCAUAGCCUGUGGGAUGCUAAUGGGCGACGUAGCCUCUUUCAGAGUGGGGAAAAGGCAGACGAGCUGUCUGAAAUUGGGAGGAAGUGGCUGGCUGGUCUCCUCACCCACUCUGCUGCCCUGAGCUGCCUCAUGUCGCCUGGCCUCGGCUGCCGGAGUCACAUUGCCAAGACUAUCAAAGACCCCAAACAGAUGCUGUACGCCACCUGCGGCAGCAACGAUAACAGCAGUUCUUUUAACAUCAAGUGUCAUGGUGGGAGGGAGACACACAUUGACAACAAGCUUGGCUCAGCCAUGGCAAACCCUUACAUCGUGCUUGCUGCCACCGUGGCUGCAGGACUGGAUGGAAUCAGGAGGAACCUGAACAUCGAGAGUCUUCUGAACAAAGCUCCCGGACAACAGAGAGAGAUCACCAUUCCUGUGAAGCUCGAUGAUGCUCUGGAGGCCUUGGAGGAGGACCACGUCAUCUGCUGUGCUCUCGGAGAGCCCUUUGUUCAGUAUUUUAUUGCCAUGAAGAAGUUUGAGAUUGAGACCCAGGAGCUGGAUGACGAAAGAAACAAGUGCUUUGAGUAUUUCAUUUGAGGGUGCAUUUUGUUUGAAUUUCAUCGUUUUGGAGGUGAAAUGGGCUUUACUGACAAAUAAACAUGACAGAAAGAUGCUUCUUUUUAAACUUUUAUUGAAAAAGAAACAGAUCUUGUAAGUCAUUUCAAAAUAAACAAGUGUUC